AUGGACCAAAGCAACUAUAGCAGAAGCUUCUCAAUAAACGAGGAUGAUAAUGCAAUUAAAGUCUUGGUUGCAACUGAUAAUCAUCUUGGCUUCUUGGAGCGGGAUCCUGUUCGAGGCCAAGAUUCAUUUAAGGCUUUUGAAGAAAUUCUGAAAUUAGCAAAGGAUAACCAGGUUGAUAUGAUACUUUUAGGAGGUGAUUUGUUCCACGAAAAUAAACCGACGCGUAAAACUCUUUAUAACACCAUUAGUUUACUUCGCUCAUAUUGCAUGGGACCAAGACAAUGCAAUUUACAAUUUUUGAGCGAUCAAACUGUUAACUUUUCCGACAGCUUUUCUACUGUGAAUUAUCAAGACCCGUAUUUUAAUAUUGAGAUUCCCGUAUUUUCUAUUCAUGGAAAUCACGAUGAUCCAUCCGGGUUUGGAAGUCUAGCAACACUAGAUAUCCUCGCAGUAUCAGGCUACAUAAAUUAUUUCGGCCGAUCUCAACAAGUCGAUAAUAUUGAAGUAACACCCUUAUUGCUACAAAAAGGCACUACUAAAUUGGCCGUUUACGGAUUGGGACACAUCCGCGAAGAACGUUUACAUAGAGCAUUGCGCGAUAAACAAGUCAAGAUGAUGCGACCGAUUGAGACGCCCGAUGAAUGGUUCAAUUUGAUGGUGUUGCAUCAAAAUAGACAAGCACACGCACCUACCACUUACGUCCCUGAAAAUUUUCUCGAAGACUUUCUUCAUCUGAUAAUAUGGGGUCAUGAACAUGAAUGCUUGAUUGACCCGGUUUUUAAUUCCGAACAAAAAUUUGAUAUUACACAGCCGGGAUCUUCUGUUGCAACAAGCUUAGUGGAAGGUGAAGCUACUCCAAAGCAUGUUGGUUUAUUGACCAUUAAAGGCACAAACUAUGAAUUAAAAAAAUUCCGCUUACGAACCAUAAGACCUUUCAUUGUCGAUGAGAUAGACUUGACUUCUCUUGACGAUUUUUUAUAUAGUAAACCCAAAGAAAUCCAAAAUUUAUUGAUAGAUAAAGUCGCCUAUGAUGAUCGAUUCAAAAUUUUCAAUAUCCGAAUUUUCGGUGAUCAAUUUAUAGAUCAUGUAGCCAAUCCUCGCGAUCUUCUGUUUUUUUAUCGGAAAAAAUCAUCGAAAGGGAAAAGAGCCGUAAGAAAUAAUCGGGAAGAGGAAGAGGAAGAAAUAGUCGAAGAAAACAUGACGUCAAAUUUGAUAGAAUAUCUUCAAUUGGAUGAUCUCCAAAUUUUGCCAGAAAAUGAAUUUAACAAUGCUGUGAUUACUUUUGUCGAGAAAGAGGACCCUGAUGAAAUAAACGAUUUUUAUCACGAUACUCUUGAUAGAAACAAAAUCAGACUAAUAGAACAACAAAUUGGUGAAAAUGAAGAAAGGAUUUAUCAUGAGGUUGGAAGAGAGAAAAAAAUUCGGCGAGAACAAGACAUUCCAAGACGAAUAAAGCCAGUAGCGGAGAAUGAUUCGAUGGAGGUUGAAUAUGAUCAAUCUCUCCCAUCUUCAUCAACAAUAUCUAGUACUCCCACUCGAGUCAUCGGGCCCACAGUAGUUAAAAGUUCGCGCGCGCGAGCAUCUGCAAAAAGCACUAGAGGCACGAGGAGAUCACAGGUUACUUCCACCAGAAGGAAAACAACUCGUCAAAAACAAGAAGAAGAUUUUGAUGAUGAAUUGGAUAUCAAUGACAUUCAGGAGGAUAGUGAGAGUGCGUUAGGUGUAAUGUCAUCUACACGCGGAAAGAGAGGUCGACCACGUGGUUCCACUACUACAGCUACUACAGUGACACGGGUAUCAACUCGUCAAAAGGCUCCUCGUGAAGUUCAAGAUGAGAGUGAAAGUGAAGAAAUCAUUGAUGACGAACCACCAACAUCAAAUAAACGACGAACUACAAGGACAGGGAACUCGAGAUCCACUACGUCAAAGAAAACCAAAAAACUUAAGCAGGAUGAUGAUGAGUACGAGGAAGCGGAAGAAACCGCGUUAUUUGAUGAAGAUAGCGAUAAUAAUCUUUUGGUUAGUUCGAAAUCAUCGAGACCUUCCCCGAAACAAGUAAUUAAGAGUGAGACAAACGAUACUAGCAAUACUAGCCGGAAACGUAGGGCCACAAGUAAACCUUCAGCAUCGCCUCCAGCGCCUAAGAGAUCGGUUACCUCACGUUCAACCGGGGCAAACUCAUCACGAGAUGGAAAAGAACAGGAUGAUACGGUUGAACCGCAACAUAUUCCACUGAAUAGUUAA